GUAAUAAUAGAGAAUUAGGUAAUAUAAAAGUGGGUAAUAAUAGAAAAGUAGGUAAUAUAGAAACAGAAAAAGUGAAUAAUAUAGAAGCGGAAAAAAGUGGUAAUAUAGAAAUGGAAAAAGUGGGUAAUAGAAGUGAAAAA